UUUAGAAAAAAUAUUAAUACUAUAAGUGUUCUAACUGUUAUAUGGAUAAUACCUUUUAUUUAUUCUGUGAAUGGAAAACGAUUAAAGAAAGAAAGUGAAAGUAUAUUAACAUAUGAUUUUAAUAAUAUUCAUGAAUCAGAUGUUUUUGAAGACUUGAUGUUAAGAACACCUGAUUUGAUCCGGAAAUAUAAUUAUCCAGCGGAAAUUCAUGAUGUUUUAACUGAAGAUGGUUAUAUACUUGAAGUGCAUCGAAUCGCGAACCCAGGUAAAACUCCAGUUUAUUUACAACAUGGUUUUGUCAGUUCUUCGGGUGAAUUUGUUCUUUAUGGAUCAAAAACUAGUGCUGCUUUCCUUUUACACGAUGCAGGAUAUGACGUUUGGAUGUCUAAUCAUCGAGGGAACCGUUAUAGUAAGCGCCACGUAAAAUUAAAAAUGAGCGAUCCAAAAUUUUGGGAUUUCACGCUAACUGAAUUAGGAAAAUACGAUGUAAAAGCUACAAUUGAUUAUAUAAUAAAUACAACAUUAUUUGAUAAAAUACAUUACGUGGGUAAUUCUCAAGGAAAUCCUGUCAUGGUCAUACUUUUAGAUGAUAAGCCUGAAUAUUCCGAUAAAUUGAUUAGCAUACAAGGUUUGGCUCCAGCUGUUUAUUUCGAACAUCUUACAAGUCCAGCAAUGAGGUUUUUGUUGAAUUUGUUCAUGAAUAACAAGGCUUAUUUUGAAAUUGCUGGAGGAUUCUUUUUCCCAAAUAUGGUGGAAUUAGGUUACGGUCCAGCUAUUUAUACGCUUUGUAAGGAUGGAACUUUUACUCAGCAGAUGUGUGUUGAAAUAAUUAAAUUAACAGUCGGCCCUGUUACUUCAGGAGAAACCAAUAUUACAAGAUUACCAGUCCUGUUUGGCCAUUUUCCUUCUGGUGUUUCCAUAAAGCAAGCGUUACAUAUGGCGCAAUUUGCUGUAACUGGAGAAUUCAAGAAAUACGAUUAUGGUGAAAAAGAGAAUCUAAAAGUAUACGGAAGUAAAAAACCGCCAUUUUAUGAUAUAAAAAAAACAAGAGUGAAAUACAGUAUUUAUCAUUCUUCAAAUGACCUUUUAGUUGUAAAUAAAGAUGUUGAGAGAUUUCACAGUGAAUUACCAAUGCCACACAUGAAAUAUCUAUGUGAUGAUUUUGGUUUCAAUCACGCCGAUUUCACAGCUUGCACGCAUUGUGAUAGGUUUUAUAAGGAACGGGUUUUGCCAACUAUGAAAAUUGCUGAAAAUAAUAAUUUAUAGUUUAUAUUGAUUUUGAAGCUGGAUUCUGAAAAACUAGUACAAAAAAAUACGCUGAUUUCAAUUAGUGACUAUAUUAUUUAAUUUUAAUGGAAUUGUUAGUGUGAAAACCUUAAAUUUAGCUAAGAUUGGAAUUAUUGUAUAUAAAACUAUUAUUGCAAUGGGAUAAGAUUAAUUUAUAUUUUAAUAUUUCAAAAGAAUCUCUAAUUUUGCGUAAAAAUCUAGUUAUAAAACUUAGAAUUUAAAAGUCUAGUUA